UAAAUCCGCUCCUGCUCCGCGAGUUGCCGCGGCCACGGAUGCGGACUCUGAUGACAAAAAAGCACAGAAGGUAGCGCUGAUAGCAGAAAGCGCAGACACGGGCGCGGGAGAAGUUGACGAGGCUGUACAGGUCGCAGCGAGCGCACCAGCGCAGGAGCAAACGAAGCCAACUCGUACAACAAGCGAAUCGCGCGGAUUAAGACAAACCAGUACCACCGAGCAUCACAUCAAAAUACUUCCGCCCCGUAGAUUGAGCACGAACGGAACUCAACACGCGAUCGAGGUGAAGCCAAGUCUGAUGCCGACCACCGUCAUUAAAGAAGCGCCAGUGAUUGCUAGCGUGAGUGCGAACAGAGUCGAAAAGGCCGUGUCGUCCGUUGACCCCGUGCAGCCGCUCACGGGUGCCGCAUCCGACGGAGCAAAGAGCAGCGAUUCCGAGGCCCACAGCACGUACUCCGGGCCGCUCGGCGACGCGUACACCGGUACGAAGCAAAUCAGCAAAGUGCCACAAUCUAGC